ACUUCUACCUCUGUGCUGCUAGUUAUGUUAUUUAGCUAAGUCGCAUCGCUGCGCUAGAAGUGUUUAAAUGAAGACCAAAUAAAUACAUUUGGGGCAAAGGAGAUGCGUUUUGAGGCAAAGCGAUGCGGCGUGCGGUUUAACCCACCGUCCAUAGUUUUAGUUUAUGUAAAUACGGAGACCAAAAAGCUGCGGAAAAGAGUAAUACCCAUAAGAAACUUUACAAAGCUGUCAGACUGCUGCAUGGCUGCAGAGCAGCUGAAGGAGCACCCUCGGCACAGGGACUACCUGGAGGCGGUCUCCCAGGGCCAACUAGAGAAGCUUCACAUCCUCCUCCAGGAUCACCUACGUGGUUUGAGCCUGAAGCACAGCCUCUCCACCUUCCACCUGGACCCGGACGAGGACCUCAACAAACUAGAUGACAAGGAACUAGCUCGCAAAAAAGCUCAAAUGGACAGAGAGUUUGAGAGAAAUAGGAAGCACAAGGAUGAUCCAGGCUUUGUUUAUGACCUGGAGGUGGAUUUUGAAAAGGCCCCUCAGGAGAACUGUAGCUGGGAUGAGUCAGAUGACGGAUUUUAAAGCUCCCCGCCAAGGAACACCAACUCCAAAAUCACACUAAAAUAAAAUCUCCAUAGGCCUCUACAUCUUCCAUUUAAUCCAAUGACUGUAAACCAGAACACGUCAGAAGAAAUUAUCUCAAGCUCCCUUCUUGUCAAAGUUACCACUGACCGAAUGAAGGGAAGUGAAUCAACAGCAGCGUCUUGAAAUGCAACACAAAUAAAGACUAAAAGGACCGAAAUUGUGAUUACCAGUGAAAAUUUAUUUGUUAUAAAAUACAGAGUUGAAG